AUGAGUGUAUUGUUUUUGUUGUUUUCGUCAGCCAGUAGUAGCAGUUGCAGUUAUUGGAUUCGAGUGGAAAAGCGUGACGGCUCCCGCCAGGACGAAAAAGACAGUAGUGGGCAGCAGCUUAAUUACAAAUUUAUAAAAAGUGUUGACGUGCUGGAUGGUGGUCUAUCUAUUAACAUCAUCACCAGCAGCAAUAAAAAAAUAAUGCCUCGGACGAUUACAAGACGAGGAUUGCAGGCCCUUGUACUUGUACUCGUAACCGUCUAUGCUACAGUGUUGAUAUACCAGGCAGUUUUGUCACCUCCGAUAAUUCCCCCAGUUUUGUCUCAUCAACAGUGGCCGGAAGAUAAUUUAAUUGGAUUAAGCAAUAGCCACAGUGUUAAUGCUCCAAUUCAGAGGGUGUUAGAUGGUGAAGAAACAACGGUAACACCUUCACUGGCAACUGUUACAACAGCAACUUUAUCAACAAACCUUAAUGACCUUUUUAUUAGCGUUAAAACUACACGGCACUAUCAUCAUUCCCGGUUACCGGCAAUAAUCUCCACGUGGUUUCAAGAUGCCAAAGAUCAGACCUGGUUUUUCACCGAUCGUGACGAUCCAUACUUCCAGAAUUUAACAAAUGGUCAUAUGAUCAAUACCAAAUGCUCAUCUUCUCACAAUAGACGAGCUCUGUGUUGUAAGAUGUCUGUAGAGCUGGACAAAUUUCUUGAAAGCGGCAAAAAGUGGUUCUGCCAUUUUGAUGAUGAUAAUUAUGUAAACGUGCCACGUCUUUUGCGGUUGCUGGACAAUUACAAUCCUCGGAAAGAUUGGUAUCUUGGCAGACCCUCAAUACCAGCACCUUUGGAGAUUACGAGACAACACGGAAGCAUACCUGAAUCUUCAAAACGAAUACGCAAAGUUAAGUUUUGGUUCGCCACCGGAGGUGCUGGUUUCUGUAUCAGUCGAGCGCUUGCACUUAAAAUGGUCCCCGUAGCUGGAGGCGGAAAAUUUAUUACGGUUGGUGAUCGGAUCAGACUUCCCGACGAUGUGACAAUGGGCUAUAUAAUUGAGCAUCUUCUGAAAAAACAGCUUACCGUUGUCGAACAAUUUCACUCGCACCUUGAACCGAUGAAAUUUCUCAACAACGAUACUUUUCAUGAACAAAUAUCAUUCAGCUAUUCCAAGGGCCCCAGAGACGAGUGGAACAUCGUGAAGAUCGACGGCUUCGACCUUAAGAAUGAUCCAAACAGAUUUCGAUCGAUACAUUGUCGCUUGUUUCGACAAACAGAGAUCAAUUGCCCCCACAGAUGA